AUGUGGAUAUGGGACUCACAAGAGCAUUGGUUCUCCGCGGAGAUGGAAUUGGAGAAACAGAGCACCGACCAUGUGGUGAUGUUGAACAAGAGUGGUAAUCUUGAGUCUUUGGACCUGUCCUCAAACAAAUUAAGCGAGGCAAUACCGAAAGAUCUAGGAAACUUGGUUAAGUUGCACUACCUGAAUUUGAGCAACAACAAAUUGAGCAAAGAAAUUCCAAUUCAGUUUGAGAAGUUAUUUCACUUGUCUCAGUUAGAUUUGAGUCAUAAUUCUCUUGGAGGAGAGAUACCAUCACAAAUGAGCCAUUUGGAGAGCCUAGAGCAGCUAAAUCUCUCCCACAAUUCUCUUACUGGUUCCAUUCCGAAAAGUUUUGAGGAAAUGAGGGGUCUAUUGUAUGUUGACGUAUCCUACAAUCAGUUGAAGGGUUGCUCUAUUCCCAUUGUUCAUCGAGACAUAUCAAGCAACAACAUUUUGCUUGACGAGGAAUAUGUGGCUCAUGCUUCAGAUUUUGGCACUGCUAAGCUGUUGAAGAGAGACUCAUCCAAUUGGACCGAACUUGCUGGCACAUAUGGAUACAUUGCACCAGAGCUCGCUUAUACAAUGAAAGUUACAGAAAAAUGUGAUGUGUAUAGUUUUGGAGUGUUAGCAGUGGAAGUGAUUAAAGGAAAGCAUCUGGGUGAUAUAAUCGCCUCUCUAUUGUCUCAUUUAACAAGUGAGAGCAUGCUGGUGAAAGAUAUUCUGGACCAACGACUUCCACUUCCUCCUCCUGAAGUUGAGCAACAAGUGAUGACCAUUGUAAAGCUAGCAACUGCUUGCUUACAUGUCAAUCCACGAUCUAGGCCAUCCAUGCACAUGAUUUCCCAGUCGUUAGAUCAGUUCUAG